AUGGAUUCUGGACCAUUUAUUGACAUUAUUCCAAUAAUAUUAAACUAUUUAGAUUUGAAAAGUCUUGUUCAUUUAGCUAAAACAUGUUAUUUUUGGAAAGAACGUAUCUAUACAGAUGUUAAAUUAUGGCCAAAGGUGAUUGAAUUACCUUAUAUUGGUUGUAUGAAUAAUGAUGUAGGUAUACAUAAUGUUCUCGAAGAUGUGAUUGAGGCGAAACUAUGGUCAAUGGUUCAACCACCAAAAGAUUCAAAAGCUUUGGAAAAAGUUCUAGAAAAAAUGGCAUCAUCUGAACAGAGUAUACAACGAUUUAAAUUGACCAAAAAGGUUCUAUUCAAAAAUUUUAUUCAUACUGAUGAAUCAUUACGUCUAACUGCUUUAUUAUUUCCUUCGAUUGAAGAAAUUAGUUUUGAGGGUAAUCUUUUAUCAAUCGUUGGUGUUCGAUUCAUAGCUCUAUCCUGUAGAAAACUUAAACAUAUUGAAUUUUAUCUAUGUGAUAAUCUUGAUAUAGGAAAUGCUUGUCGUUUAUUUAAUACUGAAGAUCAUAGAGAAAAUUUAGAACGAAUUUUCAUUUAUAAUGACUUUUGGUCAAGCUAUACAACAAAUUUCUCAACUAAAGAUGACUUGCCAUUCAUGGACUUAUGUCAACGCUGUGGUUUAUAUUAUAAUCAAUUAAAAAAUGAAAAAGAAAUGUUAUGUCUUUAUCAUCCAGGAGUAAGAGUCAUGUGUUCAUGUAAUAUGUCUAUUUUUCGGUUUUGUUUCGAAAUUUAA